AUGGCAGAGGUGAGCGUUACAAAUCCUUCACCUGGCGAUGCUGCUGACAUGGGCAUCCGAGAUUGGCCGCAGCAGCAAAAAGAAGGAACCUGGAAUGAGGAAGCCAGUGAGGACCAAACUCUUGUUCGAUACAUACUGGAUGGCACUGGAUUUCUCGAUACUGAAGCAGAUGAUCUUGGCCAGAAAUCAUACAAAUUGACCCCGGGGACAUUAGUGGAGAUCACUGGUCAAGCAUCUCUAAAUUGGAAGGCCAACGACAAAUUGAUCGUUUUAUCUCCAGGGUUUGAAGAGGUUGGAAAGUUUCUUGGAGUCCUGGUUGGGCUGGUGAUAACUUGUGGAGUGUUGGUCGGAUCUACAUUAUGA